AUAUACACAACACACUGGUGUGGUGAGUGGUGAGUGGCCCGCCUGUCGAGUCUCCUCUCCUCUUCCGUCCUCCACCACCCACCAAUCAUCAUCACCACCAAAGCUGAGCUGAGCUGAGCUCUCCUGAGUCCCUCACUACUAGCUAAGCUAAGCUAAGCUAAGCUAGUAGCUCGAAUGGAGAGGAUGCUGGCAAGGCUGAUGCGGCGGCGGAGCUCCUCCCCCCUGUCCGACCUCCUCCACCAUGGAGGAGCAGCAGCGGCGGGCUCGCUGCAGGCCGCCGCCGGCGCCACUGCGGCCUCCCCCUGGCUCUUCUCCCACCACCAGCAGCAGCAGCAGCAGCACACGGCGGCCGCCGCGCUGCCGGGUCUCAAGAUCAGGGACUCCGCGUCCCAGCUGAUUGGGAGGACACCGAUGGUGUACCUGAACAAGGUGACGGAGGGAUGCGGCGCCCGGAUCGCUGCCAAGCUCGAGUUCCUGCAGCCUUCCUUCAGCGUCAAAGACAGACCAGCAAUUUCAAUGUUGGAAGAUGCUGAAAAGAGGGGACUGAUCACUCCAGGAAAGACCACACUGAUCGAGCCCACGUCUGGGAACAUGGGCAUUGGCUUGGCGUUCAUGGCUGCCCUAAAAGGGUACGAACUCAUUCUUACGAUGCCGUCAUACACCAGUCUUGAGAGGAGGGUGACCAUGAGGGCCUUUGGUGCAAACCUGGUUCUUACCGACCCAACGAAAGGGAUGGGUGGAACAGUGAGAAAAGCAGCAGAGCUUUAUGAGAAACAUCCUAGUGCAUACAUGCUUCAACAGUUUCAGAAUCCUGCUAAUGUCAAGGUACAUUAUGAGACAACGGGUCCAGAAAUAUGGGAGGACACACUUGGACAGGUUGACAUUUUUGUCAUGGGCAUCGGGAGUGGCGGUACUGUCACGGGAGUCGGCAAGUACCUCAAGGAGAAGAACCCUAAUGCAAAGAUAUAUGGAGUUGAACCUGCUGAAGCAAAUGUUCUGAAUGGUGGAAAGCCAGGACCUCACCUCAUCACUGGAAAUGGAGUAGGGUUUAAGCCAGACAUUUUGGAUAUGGAUGUAAUGGAAAAGGUUCUUGAGGUGAAAGGUGAGGAUGCUGUUAAGAUGGCUCGAGAAUUGGCACUCAAGGAGGGUCUUUUGGUUGGGAUAUCAUCAGGAGCGAACACUGUUGCUGCUCUUGAACUAGCAAAGAAGCCGGAAAACAAAGGAAAACUCAUUGUGACUGUUCUUCCAAGCCUUGGGGAGCGAUACUUGUCAUCUGCGCUGUUUGAUGAGUUGAGAAAGGAGGCUGAAGCAAUGGAACCAGUGCCGGUGGAUUAAUUUGGCCAAUCAAACCGGGCACUGGAAUCUGGAUCUUUGGUGCACAAUAAACUUGCCGGCAGAUGUGUUACAACUGCCAAUUGUACUUCCAUUCCCCUCAUCCAAUUUCUAUCAUCUCAUUUAUGAACCUUGUGAAAAAAAAAAUAAUGUAAAAUUUUGAAGAAGAGCAACUUUAGCCUCUAGACAUUUGUGAAGGUCAUUUCUUGGCUUGUGGGUUACAAGGCUUAGUUCAAACCAGCAUAACAUGUGUUGAUGCAAGUUUGCACCAAGUAAGGCAAUACAAAACGUGAAUACUCUCGUAAAGGA